AUGGCUCGCCGGUCUGCACGAUUGAGCAAGGCUCCUCAGGCCAAUGUCAACAAACCUCUGCCAAAGGAGCCUCAGCUCGGCAGUGUGUUGGAACGAGAGGAGUCUGCGGAAGAGGAAGAUCAACUGCAGUCCAUUGGGAACGUACUUCACCGAUCUACAGAAUCGAAAGAAGAUCAGCAACUCGAGGAGAUGACCAAGAUCGACACUCCAAAGACCGCCCCGCGACCGACCAAGUCAGACAUGCAUCCUAAGAGCGCAUACGUCUCAACGGCGCCAUCGCCCAUGGGGUCUGGGAAGAGACUGGGCUUCAAGGAUAUCACACAGCCUCGUAUAUCUACAGCAAGCGCACAAAAUACUCCCUCUCAUUCGGCCAACAAGCAGUCUCCUGCGCCGGCCUUCACCUUCGGCUCCGAAUCAAUCCUCAGCCGCGAAGCACAGAAGAUGAUGGAGAACGUUCGAGAGGAUGCUGCACGCAUCAAAGCUGAGAUGAAGGCGCAAAAAGACCUACAAGAUGCAAGAGACGGUGAGGCCGAAGCAAUGUACAAUCCAUAUGGUCGGAAGCUUGCCCGACCCAAGGCCAAAGCUGGACGAUUCAGUGAUGUUCAUAUGGCUGAGUUCAAGAAGAUGGACUCGAUCGCCAAUCACCCUUCCUCCUUCAGAGCUCGACCAGGCUAUGCCCAGCCGACUACCACACAGUCACUCAAGCGCAGUCCAUCCAAGGCUGGCCUCGACGAGCCAGAGCGACCUCAGACUGCCGGCAAGGGUACUCCAGGAAAGCAACUUGCCGGCUCGUUCGGUCGUCCGUUGUCCAGAGGUACAUACCACUCUAUACCUCAGUCCGCGGCUCAGCAGCAGAGCUCUAGUCCAGCCAAGCGCGCUCGACGCUCAGAACAUGAGGACGUUUCGACAACUCGUACGGUAGAAGAGCCUACUUUGAAGCCCUCUGGCAUUCCGAAAUCCACAAGUAGUCUCUUCUCACCAACAAAAGCCUCGCUUGCCCGCGCCGCUCAGUCCUCGCCCGGAAAGCGAUCCAUGCUGCCCCGAUCACAACCCGCGAAAGGCCUCAGAGAAAAAGCGCGACAGAGUAUGGGCCGUACAUCUGCUGCUAUGUCCAAGUUUACCUCCAAGCUGCUGGAAGUUCAGAACGAAGUACGAAGGGAGCAGCCCUCCAUCCGCAAGUCUGCAAGCGCUGCCAACCUCUUCAGCCCACAACCACAAGCAAAACUGCCACCAGUUGCUCCAAUGACCGUCGGUCCGUCUUUCGCCUCACGACUGCCAACGUUCUCGGGCCUCAAGUCGAUUCUGCGUUCUCCUCACAAGGCAUCUGGCGAUCGACAAGGAACUCCCAAGCGUCCCAACACCGCUGCGGGCAUUCCCGAGACUACCAAGAAGGUCGACUUCACACCUAGCGUUAAGUCCCGCUACGCUGUGAAGCUCACAAACAGCAGUCCAAGUCCUGCCAAGCUCGUGCAGCCGGAAGAGUCUGGUCGACGCGCUUCACGAGGCUCGAUGUUCAGUUCUGCUGCUUAUACCCUGCCGGAAGACCACGAUGAAUCCUGGGAGGAUGCGUCCAGCAGUCCUGUCGAGUACCCCGUCCUCCCGACUCUGUCUCACGGUUCUCGAGCCGGUCCAGUCGUGCAUACAGUCGAUCAGAGACUCAAAGACCUGCCGAGGCCUGGCUCCAAGGACUUUAAAUCUAUCUUCACUGAUCUGCAUCCCAAGCGUAGUGCAGAUACACAACCGACCUCUACCACCGCGCCAAACACGAUCACAAGAUCACCGAAAGACACAAGUACUCGUCCGUCGCGUCCAUCGACCAUCAGACGUGUGCGAAGCUCCAACGCGCCUGAGCUUGUCGAACCCUUCGCCGACACUGAGGUCGCUACCAUGGCCCAUGGCCUGCCUGCGAAGAAGCGCCGUCGCGAAUCUAUGUACUUCGAUACCCAUGAAGAUACUCAUGAGGCUUCUAAGGAGAACCAGCCUGUGCCUGGAGCAUGGGAUGACGGCGAAGAAUCAGAGGACGAAGGUGCAAAGCGAUCGAAGAGGACCAAAACAUUCGAGUUCAAGGAUAUCGACACCACGCAGAAGGUGCCCAUGGUCAGUCCAAAGAAGAAGAGUGCCGCCCGCGAAGCUGCAGCUCGAAGUGCUCGUGACCGCAAGUCGAUGGUUCCUGGUCAGCAGAAAGGCACUCCUGGCCGAGGCUUGAGCAUGAGUCGUUUGAACAUGCUGUCUCAGCCCAAGACUCGAUAA